CUACUUAAUUCCAACAUGAACAACCCUGCAGAUAAAAGGGAGCAGUGUCAGAAGAAGAGAAAAUCUACAAGCUGGGAAGCCUCUUCCUCUUCAAGGAGAAGAUUCUGCAGCAACAAAAGUGAAGUCUCCACCAUACUGAAGCUUUACGAUGACCCGUGGACGAUCAAGAAGACACUUACUGUCAGUGAUCUUGGAAUCUUGAGCAGACUCUUGUUGGGUUCAUAUUUGGUCAAAAAGCAGAUUUUGCCUAUGUUGGAUGUUGAUCAUGCAAGAGCCGCGGAAACUGAGCAAGGAACCCCAGUUAGAGUUCGGGACAUAGACACCAAUUCCAUGCACCCACUCGUUCUGAAGCGAUGGUCUUCAUCUAAGAGCUAUGUUCUCAUUGGAAAGUGGAAACAAGAUUUUGUAAGAAGAAGAGAGCUCAUGAAAGGGGAUGAGAUUGGAUUCCAAUGGGACCCAUAUAAUUGCAUUUUCAAUUUCUGUAUUCUUAAACGGGCUAUGCGGGUAACUCAAUCAAAGUGUUAG